CCACACCCACCCGCCAUUAUGACUAAUCUAAGUAAUCUUAGAGAGAAUUAUGAAAUUAAGUCUCGAAUUUAGUUCUUCUUCAUUAUUUUUCAGCUUUCUGGCAGCGAGCCAAGUUAAAGGAUGGAUUUCCUGAGUAGAUUUGGCAGGUCUUAUCGCUCCCCCUCGUCAUAAACCCGUGGCUCUGGGAACAUCUCUCCAACUGACGAUUGGAGCAAUACAAGCAGCAGCAGCAGUAGUAGUAGUAGUGCAAAUAGAAAGAAAGAAGGAAAGGAAGACAGGAACAAGCAUAGUACUAGUGGUAGCAAUAUGACUGACGGGGUUGAUGAUACUCUUCAAUUAACGGAAGCAGGCGGUUUAGUACCUGACAUGUCCCUGUCUCCUUCCCCCGUCCCUCCUAUCUCAAUUGAGCCACAUUCUCUCUCCUCGUCUGUGUCUCCGCCCGAUUCCCCCGGCCCUCCUACUGUAACGAUAAGUGCUAGUGAGAAGCUGUGUAAGAAGCCACAUCCACAAUCGCUGGGCAUGAAGAAAUUGAGUAUACCAACUAGUGCAUCACUGGAUUGUAUUAAUGAAUAUGAAAGAGAGAAAGAGGAAGAGUAUGAUUCUUUCAGAGUAGAUUCUGAUUCUCCUAGUCAUCAUGUCCCAAGGCCCAGUUCUGCAUUGCGUGCAUUGAGAGAAGCAGUAGGGUCUGUCUCAAACAUGGAGGAUUUUGAACGAAUUGAAAAGAUAGGGUCAGGAUUCUUUGCAGACGUUUACAAAGUUCGGCGCAAAUUGACCAAUCAGAUUAUGGUUUUAAAAGUGAAUAAAGGGCUUACAGCAACAAAGACUAGACAAGAAGUUGAGCUACUAAAGAGACUCAAUCAUCCUAAUAUACUACACUACAUUGGCUCCUGUAUACACAAUGAGCAGCUCCACCCACUCACUGAGUUUGUCAAUGGAGGUACAUUGAAAUCCCUCAUACAAGACGUCGAGAAGAAUCCGUUUCCUCGCGAGCAAAGAAUUCAACUCUCGUUGGACAUGGCUUUGGGAAUGGAGUAUCUCCAUGAAAACGGGAUGCUUCAUAGAGAUUUUAAUUCUAAUAACUGCUUGUUGCGGAAGGAAGGUGACAGAUAUACAGCCGUAGUUGCCGAUUUCGGUCUUGCAGCGAAAAAUCCAAACCUUAUGAAAGACCUGAGAUGUAACCAGUCAGUGGUUGGUACUCCCUUCUGGAUGGCUCCUGAGGUUCUUCAUGGGAAGCGAUACGACAAGAAAGCUGAUACUUAUUCCUAUGGUAUAGUACUCUGUGAAAUAGUGUCACGCAAGGACGCUGAUCCUGAUGAAAUACCUAGGAAUGAUAACUUUAGCUUAAAUGAAGCAGCUUUCAGGGAAUUGCCUGAAGUUAUUGGCUCACCUUGUCCACCAGCUUUCAUUGAUCUAGCCUGCAACUGCUCCAAAUUUGUUCCAGAUGAGAGACCAGGGUUUCCUAUUAUCGUAAGACAGCUCAUACAAUUACACUUGAUUUCUGUCCCACCAAGCCCCGUUAAGAGGAUCAGCUGGCAGGACCGUGCCCUUAAAAACGAAACAAUUAUUAAAUUAAUGAAAGACACUUCUACUACUACAAAAUAAUAUUUUACAUAUAUCCCGUGUGCCAUACUAUAUAAUUAAUAUAAUCAUAGGUCUAUGAUAUAAU